GCUAAAAGAGCAAGGGACUUUAUCUGAAAAAUGGUGCUGAGAAGACCUGCCAUGAACAGAAGUUGUAACAGAGAGAAUCCAGAUAUUUUGAUUGUGAUGAUUGCAGAGGAACAGAUAAUGAGAGGUGGUGAGGAUGACAAAGAGAGGGAAACAAUGGGCCCUCAAAAGCCUGCAAGAGAAAUGAGUGGCACUGCACCAAAGAGUAAUUUGCUUCCCCAUCACUCUUUUUUCUUCCUUUCUCUCUCCAUCCCCUUGUUUUACUCGUGUGGCUCUUCUUUCUCUCUCUCUCUCUCCAGUUCAGUCUCCAUGAAGGGGUCCAUUUUAUGCAUCUCCCCAUCUCACUGCGGAAGCUUUUUUUGGCUUUUGGGUACCCUCUUUCUUGCUUUUUAGUGAGUUUUCUGAAUUUUUUGUCCUUUAUUUUCAACACCCAUUUGUGUUUAUGAGCUUUAAAAUCUCGUGGAGAGAAAGACUGAAGGAGUCUGAAAAUCUGAAUCUCAGUUUCUUGGGUUUCGGGUUCUUGAAGAAAAAACCAUACUUUCUCUGAUCAUGCAAACAAAUGAACCAUCUUUUUUUUUUGUUGUUGUUGUUGCUUAGAGGAGGGUGGGGUUAGUGCAUGAGUCCUUGUUGCUUUUAUUUUAUUUUAUUUCUUUUUGUUACAGAAAAAACAAAAGUUACCACUGUUUUUGGGCUUUUGAUUGUGCUCUUUCAUGGAGAAAGAGAAACCAAUGAUUUCACAGGAAAUUUGUGGCUUUUGAUUAUAGCUUGUCUGGGUUGUUCGAGGGAGCCUACAUGUAUUGUCAACCAGUCCACUUUGUCUUCCGUCUACAAGGUAUGCUGGUCGACGUUGUAUCCACAGGGGCUGUCUCUUCCUGGGUGAUCACCAUUCAGCAAAUGUAAACAAGUUGAAUUUUACUUGACAUCAGAAAUUAAAACCUUCAAGAUUGCCUGCAAGAACUACGCAUAGUUCAGCUAUGGAAUGCUGAUUACUGUUCUGUUGUUCAUGAUCUUCAGUGAGAGGAGUUCCGUAUAAGUGCAAGGAACGCUGUUUUGCAAGUGAAAGUGGUCUAACAUACAAGUUAAACAUAGGAACUUGCUAUUUGUGUCUCUUGCCAUGUGAUUUAAUUGAUUCACAAUAUCAUGGAGAAUGGUUUGUUUAGUGUUCCAAUAGAUACGGCAGGAAGGAAUUCUGAUACCAUGGACUUUUCAUCACAAAGAACCCCCAACUCACUUGUCCAGUUGGAUUCAUUUAACCUUAACCACCAUAAUCAAACAUUGGCUGGAUUUACCAUGCUUCCAACAUUGCAAGGAGAACCUAUAAGUGAUCUCCAUGCAAACAUUCACUCAGCAAAUCGAUCUUCAUUUAUGAACUCAGAUGCAUUAGUUGCAUCUCUUGGAAGGAAUGUUGUGGGAGAUACUUUACCUGGCUGUUCACGUUCUGCUGGUAACCCUCCGUUUGAAGAGCAGUUUGGGGGUGGAAUCCCUAAUUAUGCCCUUGCUACUCUUGUGGCUACAAGAAGUGGUCUUCAAGAAACUCUGAAUAACUUGGCAAUUUCAGGACCAUCAAGCUACCCUUUGGAAGAGUCAAGGUCAUUUGUUUCAAAUGAUUGCACCAAUGCUUUGAAUUCAUCAUUUGCGCCAUCUUUGAAUUAUGGAUGUGGUGAAGUAUUUGGUAGUAUGAAUGGUAAGGAGGAUUUUGACAGGUUUCCUGCUCCCAUAGAGCUCAGUGGACGAACACCUUUAAGAGCAGGGUUUCAACCACAUUCGUCCGUUGGAAACCUCCAACCAAAUGGCUGGAUAACAUCAAAUGGUGUGAAUGUGAGUGCAGAUGAAUGUUUUGCAUCUGGUAAACUUACUAAUGAGCUCUCUUUAAGCCUUGCCACAUCACAGCCUUCUGUCAUGGAUAGCAGAAGUAUCCCUGAUCAAAGCUUGGACAUCACUCUUAAUCAUGUAGCAUGCCACUUCUCGAAAGAAACAAGGUUAGGCUCUGAACAAACUUCUUGUAGCAGUAAGGAGCUUUCUUUGAGUUGCAGUUCUUACAAAACUGGUCAAUCCUCACAAGUAUUAUUAGGAUCCAGAUAUCUUCAUGUAAUACAGGAAAUACUUGCUCAAAUUGCAAGCUAUUCACUGGAGAAUCUAGAACAGGGGUUCAAGACAGGAGCAAGUACACUAUUCUCUUCAAGUUACGCAAUGGAGGGAGAGAUGCUGCCGAUGGGUUUUGAUAAAUCUCCUGAUGGGAAUGAUAGACUUGAUGUUCAAAUGGAUCCAGCACUGCAGAAACGGGCACUGGAAGCAAAGAGAACACAAUUGCUAACUCUACUGCAAGUGGUUGAUGAACGAUAUAGCCAAUGCUUGGAUGAAAUACACACAGUUAUUUCAGCAUUCCAUGCUGCAACUGAGUUGGACCCACAGAUUCACACACGUUUUUCUCUUCAAACAAUAUCUUUCUUGUACAAACGCCUUAGGGAGCGGAUCAGCAACCAAAUCCUAGCAAUGGGAGCUCAUUUGGAUAGUGGAGACACCAUAGAGACAGAAGGAUCUUUUGGAACUUCAUACUUACAAAAGCAAUGGACUCUCCAGCAGCUGAAGAAAAAUGACCAACUAUGGAGACCCCAGAGAGGCUUACCAGAAAGAUCUGUCUCAGUUCUGCGUGCAUGGAUGUUUCAGAACUUUCUUCACCCGUACCCUAAAGAUGCAGAGAAGCAUUUGCUUGCGGCAAAAAGCGGACUAACAAGAAGCCAGGUAUCAAACUGGUUUAUAAAUGCUCGCGUUCGUCUAUGGAAACCAAUGAUAGAGGAGAUGUAUGCCGAGAUGAACAGAAGAAAGGCUCACCAAAACGAAGAGGGAACCAACAGCAAUCACAGAAUUAGCAUAUCAGCAAUCCAAGAUUUAAUGUGAGCUAGAGUUGGAUGUAAAAAUAGACAUGGUAGUGACGUGAAGAACUACUUUGUUACUAUUAUGAUUGAAUAGGUGAAAAAAAAAAAAAGGGCAUCCAGCAAAUGGAUAUAACUGUAUAUAAAUGCUCCAAAGUGUUGUUGGGGUUAACAUUUUAAUCACGUAUUUGUUGAUUGGGAUAUGUUCCCUCCACUAGCCAUGGAUUAACUAAGUGGAUUUCACAUG